UUUGCAUGUUCUCCCCAUGCCUGCGUGGGUGGGUUUUCUCUGGGCACUCCGGUUUCAUCCCACAUCCCAAAAACAUGCAACAUUAAUUGAACACUCUAAAUUGAUUUUGAGUGCAACUGUUGUGUGCGACUGGCUGGCAACCAGUUCAGUACCCCACCUCCUGCCCGAUGGCAGGUGGGAUGGGCUCCAGAAAUCCCGCUGAUCCUAGGUUUGCUCCGUUGGCCAAUCAGAUGGUCAAGAUUCGUACACAUAAUUUACGCCGCAAUCAGGUGAGUCUGGGGUUGCCACAGUCAAAAAACAACCACUCGAAGACCAAUUACUCUGGCAGCAUGAGCAAAAAGAAAAAGGACUGGAAGACUGAAAAAGAGAGACUUCUCCGCAUGGACCGCGAGGAAAGGCGCAAAGAUGGCUAUCGUCGUCAAGAUUACAUAAGUCUGGACAAGAUUCCAACCUGGAGAGAAGAAAACUACUCUGAUAACAGAGAAGAUGGGAAGCUUUUGACUGGAGGAGGUGGUUUGAAUGAGAAAGUAUCUCUAUACAAAGGAGACAUUACUGUGCUGGAGUUGGAUGCAAUUGUCAAUGCUGCAAAUUCAAGUCUCCUUGGAGGAGGAGGUGUCGAUGGCUGCAUACACAAAGCUGCGGGUUCCUGUCUCUAUGACGAGUGUCUAACACUAAAUGGCUGUGAAACUGGCAAAGCCAAAAUCACUUGCGGCUAUGAUCUCCCUGCAAGAUUUGUGAUCCACACUGUGGGUCCGGUGGCCAGAGGUCAUGUGGGCCCCGCCGAGACCAGUGACCUCACUUCCUGCUACCAGAACUCCCUCGGGCUGGUGAAGGAGUAUGGCUUGAGCACUGUGGCCUUCCCAUGUAUCUCUACAGGAAUCUAUGGUUUUCCCAAUGAGCCUGCAGGUGACAUUGCCCUGAACACAGUUAAAAGUUGGAUCGAGGAGAAUCCUAAUACAAUCACACGAGUCGUUUUCUGUGUCUUCCUAGAAACUGACUUCACCAUCUACAAGAAAAAAAUGUCCGUGAUAUUUGAAGACAAUGACAUGGAAGUUGCAGACAAGCAGCUGAAAGGAGAUAACAUUUUACCGUCUACAAAAGCUACAGCGAAGGAUGACAACGACAAUAACAGAGGGAAAGAGGAAGCAGGUGAUGAAGACAAGGCUGACAAUGAUGGGGAAGGAGUUGAAGACGUGGAGAUGGAGAGUCAGAACCCAGAUGAAGAUUUGGCCUUUGAGGCGCUGAAUCAAGAAGAAGACGAAAACAACAGUCAAGACAAACAUGAGGACAUUAGAAGUGAACAAAGUCAACAUCAAAUAAUGACUGUGAAUAAGGAUAAAGAUGAAGACAAAGCUGAAGAUGAGCAAACUGCUGCAAAGACUGAAGAAAAAGAUGCAGCCAAAUCCACUCUGGAGAUGGAAGAUGCCUCCCAACCUGCACCUGGCACCAGCACUGGAGAUGGGGUACAGAAUCAUGUUGAGACUUCAGAGGAACCUGAAUCCAAUCUGACUGACAGCAUUAAGUCCAAAGAUGCUGCUGAGAAGAAAGAAUGACAGCCUAAAGGAAGGACAAUCCACCUCAUAUGACAGCCAGCAAACUAAGUGGACGCCAUUCGCAACAGAAUAACGCAAGCCCAAUUGCGGUUUGGGUGGGGUCACAGGUUUGAGACAUCCAAUCGUUCACAUUUUUAGCUUUGUUUUGCCCCUUUCUUAUUUGUUAAUGCAUCCCCGAGCCCUAAAGUCGUGUUUGUGUGUGAAACCUUCUGGAAGGACUUGAACAUAUCAACCAUAAAAAGUGUCAUAACAUUGCUUUUGUGGCGGUUGAAUGGCAUGAGAUGAAAUGAGUCUCUUUGAUAGCGCCACGCCCACUGAGAGAACAAAAGGUACCUACCUGCUGGCUGUCCAAUUCAGGUUCAGUGAGGUUUUGUUCCAACAACUCAAAUAUCUCCCUUGUAGAUUCCUAUAAACAAUACUUCAGUUCAGGCCACCUUGAUGUAGACCCCACCCCGACAAUUUUACAAUUCCUCCCCCAAGGUUUCCAAUUUUCAGUGCUAGCAUCCCCCCACCCAUCCUGUCAGAGAAAACUUCAAGCAGUGGGGGGAGGUGCGGAAAAAGCUAAUCUCCAAAAACGUGGGUGUGCCCCCCAAAAUGUGAAAACCACUGACCUAGACCAAGGUCUUGGUUUCUCAUCAACCUUUUUUUUUUUUACUUCCCAACACCAUCCCAGUCUAAAAUUUAUGAUUGUCUCAAACAAAUGGACUUGGCAUCUCCCUCCCCCACCUUCAACAGUCUCCCCCCUUCCCUUUACCGAUUUCCUGUGCAUGCCAGCAAAUUACUUUUACAAAAAUGAGUUGUCUCUGCUUGCCUCCUUUUCAGAUUGUCAAAUAUUGUGGAAAAAUCUGCCUUACUUCACAUCAAAACAUGCAAUCGCUAUUACAGAGUUAAGGAGAUGGUACAAGUAUUAAUUCAAACUUUUCUUUUCAGACUUAAUUUUUGUCAUUUAUCAGUCAUCUAAAUGGCUAGCACCUGUUGAUUGUUCUUGAAUUCUGAUUUUUAGUUUUCCUUCUGGCUCACUUUCAGUGGUGCCACAACUGAUGAUCAAAUAAGUUAAGAGUUGUAUAAAAGAUGCCUUCAUACUUCGAUGUUUGCUUUGCUAAAA